AUGGAAAAACUCACGGACGUCAACAAAUUAGUACCGACGAUCGAUGAAGAAGUCAAGUCGAUUCUCCAUCAACUCGAACAACCGAUAACCAGAUUCGGCGAAGGCCCUGGUGAGAGACGUGAAAGGCUUAUUGAGUUAGUGAGUAGUGAUGAGAAGGCCAGAAAUGCGAUGAUAAAGUUGCAAGAGUCAUCUUCUGAUGACCUUAUGUCGGAUCUGGAUAAUGAGGAGUUUUAUACUCCAGGUACAGACGAUGUUUUCCAAAUAAGGUCUUCUAUAGCUGAUGACUCUCUUCGGAGAGCCCAGAGAAGAGUUUUGGGGCAGCAUCAACUAUACACGACUACGGAUCCGCUAGAAAACUUGAAGUCUCGAAGAGCCUAUUAUAAAGGACUCAAGAGCUGUUUACAGCUUGAAGGGUCACAGAUUGUAUCUAACCGAUUCACUUCGGCUGUCCAGUUUUCUCCUGAUGACUCCUUGAUUGCUGCUGCUUCUUGGAAUGGCAGCUGUUAUAUAUAUGAUUCUAAGACUCUUGAUUUAAAGCAUACUUUCAAGGAUUUACUCUCGGAAAAGGUGUCUGCAUUAGACUGGAUGCCUGAUAGUACAGCCAAACGAUUGGCUACCGGAGGUGCAGCCGGUAAAAUCAAGUUGGUUGACUUAGAAAACCGAUCAGAUGGAGAACUUGAUGGUCAUCAGGGUAGAAUUACUGAUGUACAGUUUCAUCCCAUUUGCAAGUAUCUUUGCAGCAGUUCUUAUGAUCUGACAUGGAGAUUAUGGGACCUUGAAAAGAUGCAGGAGAUCUAUUAUCAAGAGGGUCAUUCAAAGGAGUUGACCGUUUUAAAAAUUCAUCCAGAUGGCUCUUUAUUAGCCAGUGCGGGUCUUGAUGCUAUGGUAAGAGUCUGGGAUUUGAGAACGGGUCGUUCUAUUGCCGUGUUAAGUAAUAACGGUCACAUUAAAGCUGUUCAUGCUAUGGAUUGGCGACCUAGUGGUUUCCAGUUGAUCACUGGUGGUGCUGAUAACAACUUGAAGGUUUGGGAUCUUAGGAAGAGCAAUUCUUCUGCUGCAGAAACCGUCUUGGCACACUCAAAGAUGAUCACAGAUGUUAAAGUGGCUUCCAACGAUAAGUAUUUUGUCUCGUGUGGCUAUGACGGUUACUUGGACGUAAUAUCCUGUGAUAAUUUUGUCACCAUUAAGAAGUUUAAGAACAUCGAUAAGUUGAUGACCUGUGAUGUAAGUCAUGAUAGUAAGAGGAUUAUUACUGGAGGAUGGGAUAGAUCCUUGAAACUGUAUCAAUAA